CUCACACAUAGAAGUUGUUCGCGUCGCCGACCGCUGCCGAUCGUGCGCCUGUUUACAAUCUUACAUUCUAUACGCAGUGAGUUCACGGCGAGAACCUGUGUCUGUGAUUUAUUUAAUUUAUUAUUUAGAAUAGAUAGUUAUAUAGUUCAAUCAUGGCCACCAACAGAGCAGCUAAAUCUGGAUUUGCCGCCGAAGCCCAGAGAAAGAUCAACAGUAAAUACAGUGAGGAGCUGGCCCAAGAAUGCCUGAUCUGGAUCCAGCAGAUCACAAAUGCGCCUGAAAAUACUUCCGGGGAUAUGGACAACUUCUAUGAUGUCCUAAAGGAUGGCACGUUGCUGUGCAAAUUAGUGAACAACAUUCAACCAGGGCUGGUGAAGAAGGUCAACGAGUCCAAAAUGGCGUUUAAAUGUAUGGAGAACAUUAACGCUUUUCUUGAAGCUGCAAGACAACUUGGUGUACCGGCACAAGAAACCUUCCAAACUGUUGACCUUUGGGAAAGACAGAACUUAAACUCCGUUGUCAUCUGUUUGCAGUCUUUGGGCAGAAAGGCUGGCAACUUUGGAAAGCCCUCAAUAGGGCCCAAGGAAGCCGAGAAGAACGUGAGAAAUUUCACAGAAGAACAGCUGAGAGCUGGACAGGGCGUCAUCUCGCUGCAGUACGGGUCCAACAAAGGUGCCACGCAGAGUGGCAUUAAUUUUGGCAACACGAGGCACAUGUAAGCCGAGUCAUACAUUGAUGUAUGCAAGCUUUCAGAAUGGAACGAACGAUUGACGUUAAGAUAUGCUUUUAGUCGAGAUUUUAUGUAACUAUUACAAGAAUUAUUGUUAGCUAGUCUAUAAUAAGCAUGGCCAAUGUUAAUAGCUUAUUGUGCCAAUUUGUUCUGCGGUACGUUAUUUUAUUAAAAUUAUAAGUAGGUCAUAUUUAUAUUAACGCCAAUUAAAUCACUAUUUUUUACUAUCUGCUUUCUAGUAAUUUUAGUAUAUUAAUACUUUUGUUUUGGAGCGUUAAAUAGUCAACAUUGUUGACAAAAUAUGCAUACUUUGUAUCGAAGAAUUAAAUAUAGUUUCACAAAUAUAUUACCAACCAUACAGCAUUUUUUGAUAUCUAUUUUUCGGAUGGAGGGUAACAUAAGACAUAAAGCAGUGGAAUAACUAGAUAUUAAUACAUAUCUUACUCUCCCGAAUAACAACGCAUGAGUGGUAUCACGGGCGUUACAAAACGUGAUGACCGUGGUGCUGUUGGACGGUUAUAACUUACCACUAACUUUACCAUUCCAUUUACAUAAAAAAGUUUGUAAUAAUGACAUUCCCAACGUGAAGUAUCUUCCAAUAUUCAUAGGUAUAUACUUAGUGUUGUAAUGAUGUAGGAUUGAAUCUAGCUACCUAAUAGAGGACUUACUUCUCAUUACCGUAAUUAAUACAAAAUCUCAAAUAGUAUACAAAACUAUGUACCUUUUAUUAAUCUGUAAAAGAUUUAGCGUUUAAUAUUAAGUAAUAGGUAUUUACUUACCUGAAUAAAAAUCAUUCCGAAGUCAUUCCCUUUUGGAUUGUAAUUAUAUUUGUGCUGUUUUUUUAAAUGUUGAUAUUAAAAUGUUUCUUUUUUAUUUAUGCAUAUAUAUAUAUAAGUUUUACAUAGCAUUCUGUUACAUUUAAAAUAAUAUUUUAUAAUAUUUAAGCAUUCCAUUAAUUUAUCAGUCAUAAUGAUUGUGCCAAUACCUCAAAUUUUUUUUUCUUUUAAACAGUACACUUGUUAGAAUUGUAAAUUCUUCAAACAUAAGUACUUAACUAUUGUGCCUUCGUGCUCCAUAGGAGUUAAUGUUCUUUGACGGUGUCUAGACGAGAUUACAAAAUUAUAUUGACUUGAAUAUAGAUUUAUGAACUUCCUUGUAUACUGUUUACUUUAAAAUUAAUCAUUCCCUAAUUAUUAAUAUUUUAAUAUACACCUACUGUGAUUAAUCAUUUUGUAAAGACAUUAUUAUUAUACCAUAUAUAUAUUUUCAUAUUUAUAUGUAUUUGACGAUGCGAAACAAACAUGAUUUAUUACAGGUAAAUUGUAAGUUUCAUGAUGCACUCAUUUUGUGUAAUUUUGUGGAAGUACGUAGAAUAAAUAA